AAAUUUACAACAAAAUAUCCCUUCUUCCACACAAGUGAAUAAAACCCACAUAGAAAAUCUAUCACAAAGUUCUAGGAGAGUAAAAAUAACUUGCUGCAAAUUUGUUCCUGGGAAUUGCUCUAGAUAACUUGUAUUUUGGUGGGCUUAUUUUUUUUUUUUUUUUUUUUGGAGUUUCUAAUGGCAACUUCAAUUUCAGCAACUGGGUUGUGCUCUUCUUUCCAUGGAAGUUGGGGAAGUUCAAUGGCUGGUGAAGAUUACACCAUGUUAGCCAAAUCAGUACCAACACAAGUUAGGGUUGGGAAGCCAAUAAGAUCACAGCCCAUGAUGAAGAACGUCAAUGAAGGAAAGGGUCUCUUUGCGCCUAUUGUUGUUGUCACGCGCCAAAUUAUUGGGAAGAAACGUUUCAAUCAACUUAGGGGCAAAGCUAUUGCUUUACACUCACAGGUAAUCACCGAGUUCUGCAAAUCCAUAGGCGCCGAUCCGAAACAACGACAAGGGCUUAUUCGUUUGGCCAAGAAAAAUGGAGAAAGGUUGGGGUUCCUUGCAUGAUGAAUUGCAGUCCCAUGUUUUGUUCUCUCGUUGAGAAUUGUUUAAGGAUUUCAGAGGUCUUUCCAAGGACUGAUCUUCUGAUGUAGAUAUUUUUGUUCUCCUGGCUUCCGGUCCAGAAUCAAAACUCUCUCUCUUUCCCCCUCUUCUUAUAUAUGCUUGAACCGUAUCAUUCUUCAGUUUGUAAUACUUAUCUUUCUCAGAUUAUUAAAAUAAAAUCAGAACACAUUACUUAAUGGUAUCUCAAAGCGAUUAGCGUUCA